AUGGACUUUUCCAAGGGUGUUGGAGCAGCAGCUGACAGUGAGAAAUCAGAGAUUGAUACUCUCAGAGGAAACUACAGUCAGCAAAUUUCUAUUAGUCAUGACAACUUCAAAAUUUUAAAAAAUAAUGAGAGUCUGCUGUGUGAAGUCCUCCAGAAUAAAUUUGACUGUAACUUUACCCUGGUGUCUCCGGCCCGGGAGGGUAACAAUGAGUCUCUACGAGUCUUCAGAAAAAUGCUGACUCCCAGGGUAGAGUUAUCUGUCUGGAAGGACGACCUUACCAGACAUGCUGUUGAUGCUGUGGUGAAUGCAGCCAAUGAAGAACUCCUGCAUGGAGGGGGCCUGGCCCAGGCCCUUGUGAAAGCUGGCGGCUUUGAAAUCCAAGAGGAGAGCAGAUCAUUGGUUUCCAAAUACGGCAGAAUUCCAACUGGUGAGAUAGUUACCACAGGAGCAGGGAAGCUUCCCUGCCGAUACAUUAUCCAUGCUGUUGGGCCUCGGUGGGCAUUGAUGGAUAGCCAGGAAUGUAUUGAUAAACUGCAAAGAGCCAUUAUGAAUAUUUUGUAUUUUGUCAACAGUAAAAAUUCUAUGAACAUUGAGACAGUAGCAAUUCCAGCCCUGAGCUCUGGGAUUUUCCAGUUCCCUCUGGAUCUGUGUACAGAGAUCAUUGUGCAAACUAUUAAGUUUUAUUUCCAAAGUGUGCCAAUAAUCAGUAAUUUGAGAGAAAUUCAUCUGGUAAGCAAUGAGGACCCUACUGUUGCUGCCUUUAAACUUGCUUCAGAAGUCAACCUAGGAAGGAAUGAGCUGGAAUCCUGGGUAAGUCAAGGAGCCACCCAGCCUUUCAAUACUAUGGUUGUGAAUAACAUGACUCUUCAGAUUGUCCAAGGCCUCAUUGAAAGGCAGGAGACAGAUGUAAUUGUUAAUUCUGUGUACUCCUGUAAUAGUCUUAGUGCUGGGGCUGUGUCAAAAUCAAUUCUAAAAGCAGCCGGAGAUGAAAUAGAGCGGGAAUUAUACCAAAAUAUAACUAAGACACCACUAGAUUCCCCGUUGGUACUGGUCACAAGAGGAUUUAAAUUGUCUUGCAAAUACAUAUACCAUGUGUUAUGGACUUCAGGAUAUCCUGAACAAAAACUGACAUUGAAAGCUGCGAUGAAGAAAUGCCUGGAAAAAUGCCUUGAACUAAAUAUAACUUCCAUUUCCUUUCCUGCCUUUGGGACUGGAAUCAUUGGAAUGAAGAAGAGUGAAACAGCAGAGAUUAUGUUUAAUGAAGUUUUAAUAUUUGCCAGACAAAAUUUGCAACAAUUAGCUGUAAAGUUUGUGAUUCUCCCUGAAGAAUUGGAGACAUAUAAGGCUUUCAGCACUGAAAUGGAAAAGAAUAAGUUCAAGCUGCAGGGUCCCAACAAUUACCCUGUCCCCCAGGAGACCAGAGAGAAGAAAGAAAACAGAUUUCCUGUCAUCAGUUUGAUGGGAUCCUACUGGGAAAAGAUAGAUGAGGCCCAAGCGUGGAUCCAGAGGAUACUGAGCCCCAAGGACUGCCACAUCAUUGAGGACAAGCACAUCCUCUACCUCGGAAAAAAGGAACACGAUAAUUUGUUUCAGCUUCAGGAAACCUUAUGCAUCUCUAUCUUAGAGAUUGUCAGCCUGGGAAAGGCACAUUUAGAGAUUAGAGGAGCUCAGGCUGACCUCAUUGAGGCAGUUAUGAAAAUUGAACAGAUGCUAUGUGAAGCUCAAGAGAAAAUGGCAAGAACAAAGGAGCGAGUCCUUUGGAGCUUGUCAGGGCAGCACACUGAUCAGCAACCAGAGAACCAGAAUCAAAUGAAGGAAAAUACAUUUCUGAAAUGGCUAACACUUUCAGCUCCAGAAAUUCAGGAUCAAAAAAAACAGUUUGAAGACUGUGGUUUGCGAGUUAUAAAGGUAGAGAAGAUAGACAAUGUGCUUCUCAUGGCUGCCUUCCAAGAAAGGAAGAAAAUGAUGGAAGGGAGAACCCCUGGAAAACCUGUGAGCUACAGGUUGUUUCAGCAAGUCCCACAUCAGUUCUGCAAAAUGGUAUGCAGAGUUGGCUUUCACCAAGUGUACUCCGUGCCCUGCGACCAAAUUUAUGGAGCUGGAAUAUACUUCACCAAGAACCUCAAAAACAUAGCACACAGGAUCAAGAAAACAUCUGCCACAGAUAAGCUAAUCUGUGUGUUUGAAGCUGAAGUACUCACAGGCUCCUUCUGCCAGGGUAAUCAGUUAAAUAUUGUUCCCCCACCAUUGCAUCCUGGAGCCAUAGAUAGCCAUGACAGUGUGGUUGACAAUGUUUCCAGCCCUGAAACCUUUGUCAUUUUUAGUAACACACAGGCUGUGCCCCAGUAUUUGUGGACUUGCAUCCAGGAUCAUGUACAGGGUUACUCAGGACAAAUGAUGCACUCUCCACAGCAGUCUUACAGGAUAUUUUCAAGUGGCAGCUCUGUUGAUUAA